GUAUGAAAGGAGGAGGUGAGUCACAAAGGUAGAGGGGAGAGAGGGUGGCCUCAGAACUCAAGAGUCCCUGAGAGACCAGAGUUGACCCCAGGAAUGCAAAAAGUAGGUGGCAGCCCAGGCACUAAAGGCAAGUGGGAGAGCCAGAGAAGCAAGGACUAACUUUUGCUGUGGAUGUGACUCCCCUGCUAGUUCUCAGCUCUGUGAUCUAAAGAAUAGCAUGGCCGUGGAAACCCGUAGGCUGAUCCCACCUCGCCUUCCUUACAUCGAUUUCCUCAAGGCCUCUCAUAUCCGUCUGGGGGCCGAAUCCCAGACGCUAAAGGGAAAAACUACUUUUCAGGAGCACUACCCUCCAAGAUGUGGCAAUCACAAGGCCAUACCCAUCCGACCUGUGUGCAAACACAUUUUCCAUCAGGACCCCAAGAUUGUCACGGAGAUGAUUACAGAAACGUUCCGGUCCUACCCCCGCUGGCCGCCCCAAAAGCGCAGAAAAGGAAAGGCAAUGAACCAGCAAGAGACAAACUUCCAGAUGCACGUGGACUCCAAAAUCACCCAUUUCACCACCUCCACCACCAUGCAAAACAGCUACCGGGUUCCUAGACGCCAAUAUUCUGGGGUCAAGAAAGACAUCGAUCUGUUCGGCAAAGACGGUAUCCCCAACGGGGACAGAGACAAAAUCGAAAUGCCGCUCACUCAGCAUCGUCUUUUCUACCAGCCUCAUGUGUUGGAUCCUGUGGCCCGAGCCCCAUCUAAACACUUGGGAGGUGUCUCCCCUAUUCAGGAAAAUUAUUGCCAAUCCAGUGAGACCAUAUACCAGAAAGAUUUUCGAGGUGGUUGGGUUCCCCCGGCAAUGUUACACCGAGAGUCUCCCUCCUCUCUGGUGUUCGGAGAUCCCAGUGACAACUACCGCUUCAAAAUGUCAGAACAGAAAACUGCCUUCAAAGUGCAAGCCCUGGCCCAUGAUCGGUACAACAAAAAACAGGCCGCAGCCCAGACCUUGCACGUGAACCUUCAGCCGGGUGACAGCUGCCUUCAAUUCCACACCACAACAGCCCGUGACUUCAACAUUCCAAGAAAGCUGGCGGCCAUUGAUACCAAAGACAAGCCUCACCCAGUUUUCUCCAAGAGAGCCAAAGAAUCGUAUUCUCGGGAAUUCAUCACCACCCACAACCGCAUCUAUGCUCCGGUGGAUUGCCAGAACUACGCUCCCAGAGAAAGCUUGACGUGGAAGCAGACUCAAAGCCACGUAAUCCUUGGGGAUAUGGAGCUAAAGCCCUAUUGCUUCACCACCAUGCACAAGACGGACUUCGUGCCGCCCAAGGCUUACCCGGAGAAGGUAGACUACCGACUAUGCAAGGCCACCAACAUCAAGUUUACCUGGGAUGAUGACAAAGGGUACCUGAGCAUGUCCCGUCAAGCGAUGCUGCCCCACGACCUCCGGAACUCACGACGCGAAGAGAUUCAACAGAGGACCUCCUACAGCAGUGUGAUCCUCCCGUGGCAGGAUCAGCAAUUCUUCUCCACUGAGUACAAAGAUCUCUUCCCCUACAAGUACCUUGGCCCCAUGGUCCCGAUCAAGGGCAAAAUACAGAUGAGCCGAGUGCCCCUGGGUACUUUUCAAAGCCAUAGGUUCAACGAGAAAGGGAGGUCACCAGCUAGAGCUGCGCAAUGAGGAGCCCUCUACGUACCGCACUACUCAGAAUAAAUUUCCCAACCUGGA